CGGCGGCGGCCGAGCAUGCGCAGAGCUUCCGCGCUGGGCUGGCGGCCGCCGCCGCGUCCGGACUUGGCGAGCACUGGGGAGGGACCGGCGCGGGAGGCGGCGUGGCGGCGACUCCAGCAACUGCCGCCCGACUCCUCUUUUUCUUUUUCCCAGGAGGCGGCGACGGCGCGGGGCGGGGAGAGCAGGAGAGGAAGCGUCCCGCGCCGCCCGGUGCAGCCCGCAGCGCCGCUGCUCGGGCCGCCGCGGCAGGAUGUGCUGAAGGAUGGCGCUGCUCCCGGCCGAGGCUCACGAUGGCCCGAGAGGACUCCGUGAAGUGUCUGCGCUGCCUGCUGUACGCCCUCAAUCUGCUGUUUUGGUUAAUGUCCAUCAGUGUGUUAGCUGUCUCUGCUUGGAUGAGGGAUUACCUGAAUAAUGUUCUGACUUUAACUGCUGAAACGAGGGUGGAGGAGGCAGUCAUCUUGACUUACUUUCCUGUAGUCCAUCCGGUCAUGAUUGCUGUUUGCUGUUUCCUUAUCAUUGUGGGAAUGCUGGGAUACUGUGGAACAGUGAAAAGAAACCUGUUGCUUCUUGCAUGGUACUUUGGAAGUUUACUUGUCAUUUUCUGUGUAGAGCUGGCUUGUGGAGUGUGGACAUAUGAACAAGAACUUAUGGUUCCAGUACAGUGGUCAGAUAUGGUGACUUUGAAAGCCAGAAUGACAAAUUAUGGCUUGCCUAGAUACAGGUGGCUUACUCAUGCUUGGAAUUUUUUUCAGAGAGAGUUUAAGUGUUGUGGAGUGGUGUAUUUUACUGACUGGCUGGAAAUGACAGAGAUGGACUGGCCUCCAGAUUCCUGCUGUGUUAGGGAAUUCCCAGGAUGUUCCAAACAGGCCCACCAGGAAGAUCUCAGUGACCUUUAUCAAGAGGGUUGUGGGAAGAAAAUGUACUCCUUUUUGAGAGGAACCAAACAACUGCAAGUACUUAGGUUUCUAGGGAUCUCCAUUGGAGUGACACAAAUCCUGGCCAUGAUUCUCACUAUUACGCUUCUCUGGGCUCUGUAUUAUGAUAGAAGAGAACCUGGGACAGACCAAAUAAUGUCCCUGAAAAAUGACAAUUCUCAGCACCUUUCAUGUCACUCAGUCGAACUUUUGAAACCAAGCCUUUCAAGGAUCUUUGAACAUACAUCCAUGGCAAACAGCUUUAAUACACACUUUGAGAUGGAAGAAUUAUAAAGAUUGUCAAAGAAGGAAACUACAAACUUGUUUUAUUGGACUUGUGAAUUUUUGAGUAACAGUUAUAUGUUUCAAAACUUUAUAGACUUAAAAAUACUGCCAUAAAAUGAUAUGUAGACAUAUAAUUUUGUACUCUUUAAAGAGAGGAAAGUUUCAUAUGUCACCACCUGGACAAUAAUUGUUGUCAUUUAUAAUGCUGGGACAGAUCUAAUACCCACUUUAUAGCCUGUGCAAGGCUUUUGCUGAAUACAGUUAUGUUGGAGUUGGCAUGAUUUGAUCACCAUUUCUGCAUCUAUGUAAGUGAGCCACAUAUAGUGGGAUUGGAACUAUGGUAAAGGUUGAUUUACUUCCACAGGCUAGUAUAAAAUUAUCAAUUAACCAUUAACAUAGGAAGUUAGUACUAAUGACUUUAAUUUCUUGAUAUAUUCUUUCGAGGGUGACUAGAUUAUACAUUAUGAACACUUUCAAAAUUGGUGAUGACCUAAAUGUGAUUUUUUUCUGGUUACUAAAAUAUUCUUACCACUUACAAGAGCAAACUAACACAUUGUCUUAAACUAAUUAGGGAUGUAUGUGUAUAUGUCUGGGCUAAGUCUGUAUAAUUGAGUAGCUUUGGUUUCUCAUAAGGUUAAGAAUAACAAUUGUGAAAAGGAUAAAUUUGUUCUGUGUAGAACCAUUGUGUUAGCCUUUCCCAUUAACAGAGCUUUUAAAUUCAGUCUUGGGUCUACAUUACAUUCAUAACUCUUCAUUUAAAUACUUAGCCACUGAUUUUGAAAAUUACCAGUCUGAUACAUAGAAAUCAUUAGAAGUCGGACUGCAGUCUGGUCUUUAGGAAGCAGUGACAAGAAAAUGUACACGGGUCUCAGUUGAUUCAGCCAGCACAUGGAUGCUGUUUUCUCCCACACGAAGCCCAUGAACAAUUUUUUAAAAAUAAACACUUCUUAAAAGAACUUAUCUUUGCCUUUUUAAAAAAGAAGCAACAGUUUCCCAGUCAGUGUAGUUCUACAAUGAGUAGUAUUCUUUGUCUUAAGACAAAUGCUUGUGAGAAUCAUUAAAGUGACAGUUUAGCGAUUAUCUUCGCUAUAUCUCACUAAUUCAUAUGCUGUGGCAAAUUAUGCAUAUUAAAUUUUUUACAAAAGUGAAAUAAUAUUUAUUUGAAAUGGGAAGAGUGCAUUUUACUGUAUUUUGUGUAUCAUGUUUAUUUCUCAGAUUAUGGAAAGAGAAUUAAAACAAGUGUCAAUAAAUAUUUUCUAGAGAGUAA